CCCCGCUCCCCCGCCCCCGCCCCCGAUCACUUUCGUUGUUGUCUGCUCUCCUUUUGCCGCCUCGCCUUCUUGAUCAUGUCACUGCCAAGUGCCGCGCCUCGGCCGGAGGCUGCCUCUCCCGAAUUGCAGAGGGAGUUUGAGCAGCUCGCGCACGCAGAGCCCACCCUCCUGGAUGACAUCCGUGCGCACCCGGUGUCGAUUGAGGCGACCGCCAGCGACUUGGCCCUGGUCCGGGACUUGAUGAAGCGCAGCAAGUUUGAGUUUGUCGAAGUCGGCGCCAAGCGCUACUUCCUGGAGUACCUGUCGGAGGGCAUGACGGCCGACAUCAAUGUGGACAUCCUGAAGCUGGAUGUGGAGAAUGACAAAAUGGCCGUCCGGCAGCUGAAGCAGGAGCGUUUGCAGGCUGCCUCGGACCUGGGGCUCCUGUUCAAUGAGCUUUUGGCUGCCCGCUCGGAGCUCAGUACCGAGCUGGAGGACCUGGCCGCCGAUCUGGCCCGGCUCCAGAGUCUGGAGGAGGAGGCCGCCCGGCUGGAGGGCCUCCAGGCGGAGUAAGCCACAUACCGGGCGGGGCCGGCGCCCCUGCCCCGCGCCCGGGCCUCCGAGAGGGACCGGGGAAAAGAAAAGAAAAAGAGCAAGAAGAAGGCGCGCCCCCGCCGGCGGCGGCCCCCCCCCCCCGCCCCUUCCUUGAUAAAAAUAGAAUGUAUGCAUCCCG